AUGGAUGAAGAGAGUAUAUUCUCAUUAGAAGAAAUUAAAAAGCAACUCAAAUCGUUUGGAUACAAUCAGAUACCAAAGAAUAAAUUGGAUAAAUUUGCUGAAGACUUGAAUACUUUGGCGAAACAUGAAAGACAGAGAAAUAGUUUGCUUAGCAGUAGCAGCACUAUGACAACACCUUCUAUCGAUCCGCAUGACUAUAUUCUUGAUGGUGGUGAUCGCGAUUAUUACGACGAUUACGAUACAAGGCCUCAACUUUCUGAAAUUACCGAAGAAGUUUCCGUACCCAAACGAAAAUCGAUAAACAUUAUUGGCGACAAGGAAAAUUUCUCUUACUAUAAGGAAUCAGCUGAUAAUAAUAGAGGAAAUAUCAAUCGCUAUAUCAGUAAAGCAUCAGCGAUUGCACCUUCUGCAGGAAAACCAAUACUAAAACGAAAAGUUUUAAGAAAAUACAAUGGAGAAUCGCGCGUAUUUGAUGAAUCAGGAACUGAAAGCGAAGCUGGUUCAAUAAUUACAGAUGAGCGUGACGGUGCAAAAUCUGCCUAUACAGAUAGAUUCAGAAUUAGCAAUUCAGCAGAAAACUUAAAUCGUGAUAGAAGAUCAGUUUCGCCAAACGAAGCUGCUAAAUUUUCUAGCGAUGAGCAGACCUGGACAGACUAUCCUCAAUCUUCUGUGAAAGUUCUACCUUCCUUUAUUCGUCCAUCUUCAACGCAUCCUCACACUCGAAACCUGAAAAAAACUGACCCUGUUGCAACGUAUCAUCGGUAUGCAAAUGAAUGGAGAUCAAGAGGAGUACCGGGAGAAAAAAAUCACAAAGUCCUUCGAUGGCAAAUUAGGGAACAACUUAUACAACAAUAUGAUCCUCCUAAAUCGAGGCCACAUCAAUGCCAUGCUCCAAAUGAUUACAUUGUACCGACUGAUAAGAAACGGAAGGCACUUAGAUGGGAAAUUCGAGCGGGAAUGGCUUAG